AUGGUUCUUUAUCAGCCUUCAGAUGUGAACAUUCCCGUUCUCUCUCAGUUUUCCCUCAAAGGCAAGAUCGCUAUCGUCACGGGCGGCUCGCGCGGUAUUGGUCUUCAAAUCGUGACUGGCUUGGCAGAGGCCGGCGCCGACGUUGCCUUUAUAUACCAUUCGAGGCUUGAUGCAAACGACACAGCUGCAUCAUUGGCCACAAAGACUGGCCAAAGGGUACGGGCGUACCAGUCUGAUGUGACGGACCGUUUGCGCAUCGCCGCUACGAUUAAUCAGAUAACUGAUGAAUUUGGCAAUGGACACGUUGAUAUUGUCGUCGCAAACGCUGGCGUGUGUGCCAACGUCCCGUCUUUGGAAUACACCGAGGAAAGCUGGCAGCACAUGAACGGCGUCAACUACGAUGGCGUCAUGUGGACGGCUCUGGCUUCUGGGAAAUUAUUCAAGAAGCAGGGCAGAGGAAACCUCAUCAUCACUGCAUCAGUCAGCGCGACAUUGGUGAAUACACCUCAGGUGCAAGCCGCGUAUAACUCAUCAAAAGCGGGCGUGGUUCAAUUAGCUCGGAGUCUGGCAGUCGAGUGGGUAGAUUUCGCCCGGGUUAACUGCGUAUCCCCCGGGUACAUCAUGACUGAAAUGUUGACAAGGCAGCCCCCAGAGCUGUUGAGCAAGUGGCUGGCCCAGAUACCAGGGGGCCGUAUUUGUCAACCAGCUGAGCUCAAGGGUAUUUAUGUCUUUCUUGCCAGUGACGCAUGCUGCUAUAUGACGGGCUCAAAUCUGGUUAUUGACGGUGGAUUUACCAUCCCAUAG